AUGGCUCAUUCCACAGAUGGAUUACAUACUUGUCACCCCCCAAGUGAAAGAUUAAAAUUUUUGGAUCGUAUAGCUUCAAUGUUUAAAGAUAACUAUACUUAUCAUUACAUCAAAUAUCAAAAGGCGAAACAUGAAAGAAGUAAAUUAUUAAGGGAUAGCAUUGCGGAUGAAAAUUGGCUUAUUAGCCUUGAAAACAUAAUGGUUGCUAGCGCGAUGAACGUUUCGCGCAUGAGAGCAUCUGUUUUAAAAAUGUUACAGGAUACCAUUGAUAAAGAUUCCACUAAGUUUUUUCCAAAGGCGCACCUAAAAAUAAGUAGCCAGUUUACUUCUGCUAAUACCGCAGAAGAUUAUCAAAACUUUCUAAAGAAAAAUAGAGAAGAGAUUUAUUAA